CCCCCGCGCGGUGCCGCUCCUCCCCCCCGCCCCUCGUGAAAGCCGAUCGGGGGCGGCCGGGCGGCCAUUUUGUUCUCUGGACCCUGGGUCGCUGGAAUUGGCGGCGGCGGCCGUGUGGCUGGCGGGACCCUGGGAGCCGCCGCAGCGCUGGCCGCUUUUUAAAGGGUUUUAAUCUGUGUUAGGGGGCCGCUGCGUGGCCCUGUUUUAACCCGCCAUGUCCGCAGAGGGAGCCGCUGGCGACCAGGCUGCUGAAUAUGUUCCAGAAAAAGUGAAGAAGGCUGAAAAGAAAUUAGAAGAGAAUCCAUAUGACCUUGACGCUUGGAGCAUUCUCAUUCGAGAGGCACAGAAUCAGCCUAUAGACAAAGCACGGAAGACCUAUGAACGCCUUGUUGCCCAGUUCCCCAGUUCUGGCAGAUUCUGGAAACUGUACAUUGAAGCAGAGAUUAAAGCAAAAAAUUACGACAAAGUAGAAAAGUUGUUUCAGAGAUGCCUUAUGAAAGUGCUACACAUCGAUUUAUGGAAGUGUUACCUUUCAUAUGUACGUGAAACCAAGGGAAAGCUACCCAGUUACAAAGAAAAAAUGGCUCAGGCAUAUGACUUUGCUCUGGAUAAAAUCGGCAUGGAAAUCAUGUCAUACCAGAUCUGGGUGGAUUACAUCAAUUUUUUGAAAGGCGUAGAGGCAGUUGGAUCUUAUGCAGAAAACCAGAGGAUAACAGCUGUUCGUAGGGUUUACCAGCGAGGUUGCGUGAACCCAAUGAUCAACAUUGAACAACUCUGGAGAGAUUAUAACAAAUAUGAAGAGGGAAUCAAUAUUCACUUAGCUAAAAAAAUGAUUGAAGAUCGGAGUAGAGAUUAUAUGAAUGCUAGACGUGUGGCCAAGGAAUAUGAGACUGUAAUGAAAGGUCUGGAUCGCAAUGCUCCCUCCGUCCCCCCACAGAAUACUCCCCAAGAGGCUCAGCAGGUCGACAUGUGGAAGAAAUAUAUCCAGUGGGAAAAAAGUAAUCCACUGCGCACAGAAGACCAAACUCUCAUAACAAAAAGAGUUAUGUUUGCUUAUGAGCAGUGCCUGUUGGUCCUCGGGCAUCAUCCAGAUAUCUGGUACGAGGCUGCACAGUAUCUUGAGCAAUCCAGUAAGCUGCUAGCUGAGAAAGGGGACAUGAACAAUGCUAAACUGUUCAGUGAUGAGGCUGCUAAUAUUUAUGAAAGAGCGAUCAGCACUUUACUAAAGAAGAACAUGCUUCUGUACUUUGCAUAUGCAGACUAUGAAGAGAGUCGAAUGAAGUAUGAGAAGGUGCACAGCAUAUAUAACCGGCUCUUGGCUAUUGAAGAUAUUGAUCCCACAUUGGUAUAUAUACAAUAUAUGAAAUUUGCAAGACGGGCAGAAGGGAUCAAAUCUGGAAGAAUGAUAUUUAAGAAAGCGAGAGAGGAUGCCCGGACCCGCCAUCAUGUCUAUGUUACGGCAGCUUUGAUGGAGUAUUACUGUAGUAAGGACAAGUCAGUGGCCUUCAAGAUUUUUGAGUUGGGGCUGAAGAAAUAUGGAGACAUUCCAGAAUAUGUACUGGCAUACAUUGACUAUCUGUCUCACCUUAAUGAGGACAAUAAUACAAGAGUUUUGUUUGAACGUGUUUUAACCUCAGGAAGCCUCCCACCAGAGAAAUCUGGAGAAAUCUGGGCCCGAUUUUUAGCUUUUGAAAGUAACAUUGGUGAUCUAGCUAGUAUACUUAAAGUGGAAAAACGGAGGUUUACAGCCUUCAAAGAAGAAUACGAGGGUAAAGAGACAGCUCUGCUGGUAGAUAGGUACAAGUUCAUGGAUUUGUACCCUUGCUCUGCAAGUGAACUUAAAGCUCUUGGUUACAAGGAUGUCUCACGUGCCAAGUUAGCAGCCAUUAUUCCAGACCCUGUGGUGGCUCCUUCUAUAGUGCCUGUUCUAAAAGACGAAGUGGACAGAAAACCUGAAUACCCAAAACCAGACACACAGCAGAUGAUUCCAUUUCAGCCAAGACAUUUAGCACCUCCAGGUUUGCAUCCUGUGCCAGGCGGUGUAUUUCCAGUCCCACCAGCUGCUGUAGUUUUAAUGAAGCUCCUCCCACCUCCUGUGUGUUUUCAGGGCCCUUUUGUGCAAGUGGAUGAACUCAUGGAGAUUUUUCGAAGAUGCAAAAUGCCAGAAACUGUUGAUGAAGCUGUAAGAAUAAUUACCGGAGGCCUGCCUGAAUUAACUGUGGAAGGCAAUGGACCUGUGGAAAAUAAUACUCUGUUCAAUAAAGCUGUCAAGAGACCAAAUGAAGAUUCUGAUGAUGAAGAGGAGAAGGGAUCAGUGGUUCCUCCUGUACAUGACAUAUACAGAGCACGACAGCAAAAGAGAAUCCGAUGAAACAGGUUCCAAAUCGGACUGUGAAAGACUUGUAUUAAGAGAUUUUUUUGCCUCUUAUGUCAAAUGUUUAAAAAGGGACAACCGUUUUUAACAAACAUCUCGACAAUGAGGUUUUGUUACUGUGGUGCCUCUUUAUACUGUAUGGUUCUUGAUCAGCAGUCUUAGAAAGUGCUCUAAACAAAAUUAGGUUUUCAAAAACAAUAGCACAAAAUGUCUGAAUUGCAUUUUGUUCCUCUUCAAGUGUGUUUACAUCUACCACUUGAAGUCUUGUGGGGCUUUCAACAGUUUUAUUUUAAAAACUGGAUGGCUUAUAAUUGUGAAGCAUUUUUAAUUCACAGUUCCUGGAAAACAGUUGUUCUCAGUUUGCUCAUGUAGUGUCCUGCCUUAUUGUUUGUUUUUAUUUAUGGCAGAAUGUAUGGAAUCUGUUUUGUAGUUUUAAAAUGGAAAAAACAUUCCAUUAAAAUAAAAA